GAGGGUGAUGGGAGGAGGGAAGGAAGAAGAAGGAGGAGGAGGGAGCCAAGGAAGCCGUGACCUCCCCCAAGGCCACGUGAGCCGAGCCCGAGAGAGCGUUGACGUUGGACGUGCGGCUGAGCGUGAAGAAUAAUUUCUCCAUACGCGACGUAUGCCUUCCGCACACGAUACAAUCCCGUCAUUUUCGUACAUGGACGUCUUUUUCGAGCGGCGUCCGCCAAACAAUCGACAGUGCGGGGAGGGACGGUUGCCACGAUGAGUGGUGACCACCCUCCUCCGUAUGCCCCGCCUCCAGCGGCCCAAGGUUUUGCGGUCGCCGCGCCUUACCAGGCGGCGCCGUCCUCCUAUUACCAGGGCCCGCAGCAGUACGGGACCCCGCUCGGCUACCACACGGCCUUUUACGACCCCCCCCAAGGCUGGGAUGCCCCCAAGGCCUACGGGGGGCCGCCCAAACACACGGUGUAUGUCGUCGACCAGAACGAGGGUGCGGGCCGCGGCGGCGUGGGCGGCGGCGGAUGCGGCGCCUUGAGGUCGCUGUUGUCGGCGUGCUCCACCCUUCUGUGCUGUUGUUGUCUGUGUGACCUACUGACGCGUCACCUCUGACCUGCCGGCUUGUUGCUCGGGCGAGGAUGACAACGAUGAUGUCACGCCAUCACUUUUGUGAUCUCGCCUGACCCUGCAAAGUAAUAAACAUACUUUCAUUGCCGCGA